GUCGAAGCUUGCCAUUGCGAAAUGGUCGAGCCGAUGGUCGAGCCCGAAGCGUCCGAGUGGGACAUGAUCCUGGGCGACGUGCCCGUCUUCCAAGCGCAUCCCGCGGCCUUCGCCGACGUCCGGCGCCUCCUGGCAGCGCAGCCCAGCGAAGAAGCGCAGUACGAGACCGUCCAAGUGCUCAUGGGCCUUCUCGAGCCCGAGUCGGCGCGAGCGAUCGUCGAGGACGCCGACUCGAAGGCGCUGCUCGCGACGUAUUUCAAAGCGCUCUCGAAGAGUACGGUCGCUGCGCUUGUGUCCCAGCUGCCGGCGGACGUUCAGGCGCUCCUGCCGCGUCGCAAGUCGACCAAGCGCCUCUCGUCCAAGCACUCGAGCGACAGUCUGAACGACGUCGCACCCGCUUACGUGCCCCGCGGCCCGCCCAUGGCAGCCGAAGAGCCGAUCCCCGCCUAUGUUCCCCGCGGCCCACCAGUGACGAUCGCCGAAGUGGCCGCGCCCAUCGUCGAGGUCGUCGUCGCGCCGACACCGCCGGUCGUGCGCCAGCCCUCGGCGACGGUCGCGCUCGACGUGCGCCCCGAGUGGGAGGUCAUCCUUGGCGAAUGUCGCUUCUUCGAGGCGCAUCCAAGUGUGUUUCGCGACGUCCGCGACGUCAUUGCGUCGCAGCCAGUGUCGGCCCAGUACGAGGCCAUGCACGCGCUCGUCUCGCUCGUCGACGGCUCGUCGGGCGAUGAUCCGGACCACGUGAUUGCCGCUGCGCCGAUCGUCAAGAGUCUGAGCAAGCCAAGCCAAGACGUGCUCGCGACCGGCCUCUCGCAUACGCUUCAGCAGCUUUUGCCGUUUGUCGACAAGGUGCCGCUGGACAUGCUGCCGUCGAUGCUGCCGCCGACGCUUCUGCUUAUGGAAGAGAGCGCGCGCGGUCAAAUCUACCCCGAGACCGCCGCAGCCGUCCACGAGAGCUUCUUCACGCUUCCGGAAAAGGUCCGGUCGCAAGUGAUCAACGCGCUGCCACCCGAGGAGAAGAACAUGGUGCAGACGCUCGUCGAAACCACCGAAGGGCUCUCGACGCGCGAGGUCGCGGUUGUCAUCCAGCAGAUGCAGGCGCCGUCGGCCCCCGGUUCAGCACCGCACUCGUACGACGACCCCGGGUUUGUCAAAGAGCUUGCGCUCACCGCGUCAAAGGCGCACGGCCGGCGCCUCUGCCGGUGGGUGCAGUCGGCGCCCACAAGUCUCCGCGUCCUCUCGUUCGUCAACGGCGUGCUCUUGCUUGCGUCGGCCGCGAUCGCGUUCGUGUUUGACUUGUUUUCGGGCUAUUUCCUCGUCUUCCUCAUCAACGCGUGGGUCCUCGCAUUCGCGCUCGUCCUCAUCGUGCUCGAGAUCAAGCUCUCGUUCUUUGAAGCCAAAGUGCUCCCGUUCGUAGUUCGCCAAGUGCCGCUGCUCGGCUCUGUCUUUGGCCGCGGCGUCUUCAUGGUGUUUAUCGGCUUCCUCGCCAUGAGCCUCGUGCUCCACGCGACGUGGCAGAACCUCUUGCUCUGCGGCGCCGGCCUUCUCUCGGCCAUCCUUGGCAGCGCGACCAUGCUGCUGAGCGCGCUUGCGUCCCACGAGUUUUUCCUCCUGUGCCAAGCGAUUCCGACCCAGGAGGCGUGGGCCAAAGCGUUCCAGAGCGUCGACGUCGACGACUCGGGCGAGCUCGACAUGGACGAGUUCAUGCUGCUCGUCGACCGCCUCGGGUCCCGCAUCGACUCCGUGUACAUCGAGUCAAUCUUUCGUGAUAUUGACGUCGACAAGAGCAACACACUGUCGCUGCCCGAGCUCCUCAACUGGUGGUCGCGCGCCAAGCUCCACGACGCGCCGGCGCUGCCGGCCAAGUCGGUCGUGCACGUCCCGUCGUCGGUUUUGAAGAAGGCGAACAUUAGUGUGAGCGUCCUCACCGUGCUCACAGGUGUCCUCAGCAACGUGGCGGUCAUGCACCACUCGACAACGUCGGCGUCACCGAUCUACGUGGUGCUCAACCUCUGGGUGAUUCUCUUUGGUCUCCUCAUGGUCGUCGUCGAAACGCCACUGCACCUCUUUCGCGACGCGCGCAUUUGGAUCACAGACAAUAUUGUCCAAUUCCUAGCGUCGAUCUUUGGUCGUGCGGCGUUUUACCUCUUCAUCGGCACGUUCACGCUCUCAUUGUACCAAGCCGAUGCCAUGGUCUUGCCGCUCGUGACGGGACCGCUCUUGAUUGUCAUGGCGGGCGUCAACUUGUACGUCGGGUACGAAGCCAAGCGCCCGUUCAUGCAGCUGGCGCAGUACGUGCAGCCCAAGGACGUCGCGUCGAUUUUUGCCAUGCACGACCACGACAUGGACGGCAACUGGAGCCUCAUGGAGCUCAAGAGCUUUAUCGAGUCGCUCGGCUUGGACGUCAAGCCGCUCUUUUGGGAGCUCCUCGUCGACAACAUCGAUUACGACCACUCGGGCAUGGUGUCGGUGACCGAGUUUGAGAGCUGGGUCGUCCGCCACCGAGGCGAGACCGCGUCGACGACGGCGAAUCAUGCCGACGAUGUGUACGACGCCGAGCCAAUCGCCGUCUAGUUAUGACAUUAUAUCCUACUACACUGUUUCCUUACCCA